AUGGAACCCGCCAGCGGGGACCCUGCCGUGCCCUCCGCCGACUCCCGCGAUGCAAGUGACGCCGCCGCUGCCCCUUCCGCCGGCCCAUUGGCGGACAGCGUGCCUGCCGCUCCGCAAGCGGGAAAUGCGGAGUUAGUGGAAGAAUCGGGCGUGGGGACGGCGGUCGCGGUGGCACAAGAGGAUGCAGCAGUAGGUUCCGCAGCAGCUAAUCCGGCAGCAGCUGGCGCGCACGAGGUUCCGCAGUCCGCGGGGAGCGCGGAAGCGGUAGUGGCGCAAGUGGUGGUACCGGUGAAUGGGGGAAACGGCGUCGAUGCCGGCGGGCAAGUCGCAGGGGAUCCGUCGCGAGAAGCGGAGGAUCGCAGCAGGGGGGAAGGGCGCAUGGAUGAGGAGGGGGAGGACGCUGGCGGGAAGCGGAAGAGUGAGGUGAUUCCCGCGGACGAGAGUGGCGGGAAAGCGGAAGCGCAGUCUUUGCUGGCGGGAACGGGCGGGGAAGCUGAGGCGGAAGGGGCAGAAGGCGUGGGAGUUGGCACGGGCGAAGACACAGGGGACCUGACGAGGGGAGGCGCGGAGAAUGUCGAGGCGAAGGAGGUUGUUGGGGAGGGGGAGAAACCGGAGGGAGUUACGGAGGUGAUAUCGGUGGAGAGCAGCGAGGGGAAGAAAGGCGUGGUGAUUUCGCUUGAGAGCAGUGAGGAGGAGGCGGGGCAGGGAGGGUGCGAGGAGGGAGAAACGGGAGCGCGGGUGGAGGGCGACAGCGGGCGUGGUGGCAGUGCUGUGCGCGAUGGCGGGGCAGGGGGCACGGACAUGGCGGAAGGAAAAGGGGCAGAGGAAGGUCAGGGUGAAGAGAAGGAGGAAGGGAAGGAUGGGAAGGAGGGGGAGGAAGCGAAGAAUGAGAAAGGAGGAGAGGCGAGCAAUGAUGUGCCGGAGACUGCAGGUGGUGCAGGAGGGGACGAUGCUGCAGGGGAAGCAGGCGUGCGGGCGAUAAGGGAAGGAGAGACAGAGUUGGAUGAAGAAAAAGGGGUGGGGGACGCUGUUGAAGCGGCUGGAGCGGAUGAGGGGGGCCCAGGGGGGGCCGAGGGCGGAGAGAGGGUCGAAGGGGAGAGUAAGGAGGCAAACGAGGGGCGGGCAGGCGACAGCUGUGUUGGCAUGACGCCCGCGGAGGGGGGAGCGCAGGGGGAGGUGGGCGAGGAGGCGGCAGCGGUGGGGGUUCGGGUGGAGGGGGAAGCAGUGCAGGGGGGUGAAGGAGCGGAGGGGAAGGGGCCUGAUGGGGCUGUGGGAGGGGCGGGGGCGGGAGCAGAGGCGGGGGCGGGGGCGGGGGCGGAGGGGAGGGCGGAGGCAGAGGGCGGGGAAAUGGUGAGUGCAGGGGAUAGGGUGGGUGGGGUGAGUGAGGAGGGAGUGGGUGCAGGGGGGCAUGCGGCGAGAGCGGGGCUGCAAGCGGCUGGUGGGGGGCCAGAGGGGGAGGGAGGCGAUGGGAAGGAUGGCGGUGCGGACAAAGAGUGUGGUGAGGGGGCGGUGCAGGGGGGUGAGGGUGGUGGGACGGAUGGGGAGGGAGAGGGGAAAACGGAGGGGGGUGCAGUGGAGGGGAAGGGCGAGGUGGGCUUGGCAGAGGGUGGUGGGGCGGAGGAGGGCGGUGAUAAGGGUGGUAAUGAGGGGAGUGGUGCAGGCGAUGCAGGGGGGAGCGAGGAGGAGAAGCAGACGGGAGGUGCAGAGAGGGAGGUCAGUUUGGACGCGGGGACGAUGGAGGGCGAGGGGAAGGGGCAGGGAAGCGCGUGUGACGAGAGGAAAGAGGUGGCGGGGCCUGAGAAGGAAAGGGGCGAGGAGAAGGAAGGGGUUGACAAGGAGAUGGGGAAGGCGGACGACGGAGCCGCAGAUGCUGUGGGGAAGGAGGGUGGUGACGGGGGUGAGGCGAGUGGAGUAGCAGGCGUGGAGCAGGGAGCGAGUGAGGGUGCAGGGGCAGAGCAGGGAGAGAAGGUUGAGGGAGGCGAGGCAAAGAGCGUGGCGAGCGGGCAGGCAGGCGAGGAGGGCGCAGGGGCAUGUGAGGCAGGCACCGAGGGUGCAAGGCAGGGCGAGACGGGUGAGGAGGGCGGGGGCGAGGAGGAGCGUGGCGUGGUAGCAGAUGGUGCCACAGGCGAGGGUGGUGGCAGUGGUGGCGAGACGAAGAAGGGAGGUGAGGAGAGUGGGGGGGGUGAGGAGAGAAAAGGGGGUGAGGAGGGAAAAGAGGGUGAGGAGGGAAAAGGAGGUGAGGAGGGAAAAGGAGGUGAGGAGGGAAAAGGAGGUGAGGAGGGAAAAGAGGGUGAGGAGGGAAAAGGAGGUGAAGAGGGAAAACGGGGUGAGGAAGGCAAGGGGGUUGAGGAGGGAAAGGGGAGUGAGGAGGGCAAGGGGGAAGGCGAGGGCAAGGGGGAAGGAGAGGGCAAGGGGGAAGGGGAGGGCAAGGGGGAAGGGGAGGGCAAGGGGGAAGGGGAGGGCAAGGGGAAAGAGGAGGGUAGAGGGCAAGAAGAGGGCAAGAGGGAAGAGGAGGGCAAGGGGGAGGAAGAGCAGGCGAAGGUGGCGGCGGGAGAGGAGGCGGUGGGAGUGCAGGGGCAGAGCACGGAUGCUGGGGCGCGUGAGGCGCACGUUGGGGAGGGCAGUGGUGUGCGUGAGGCCGCAGGGGAUAGCGCGCACGGGGGAGGGGGUGAGGAGGGCACGCGUGUGAAGGAGGGUGGUGAUGCGGAUGGCGUGGGUGAGGAGAGGAGUCAGGAGCAGGGAGCGGGGAAGGUCUCUGGUGUGGUGCUGCUUGGGCAAACAGACACACAGUUGCAGGUGGAGGGGAAGACAGCAGUAGAGGCGGCAGUGGAGAUGCAUGGUGGGGGUGCGGUGGAGCAGGCAGGUGCGGUGCAUGAGGUGAGUGCCCCACUGGCCGUGGUAUCUCCAGACGAGGCUGCAACUCAGGGAGAUGGGCAAGUAAGGCAGCAGAGCGCAAUGCAUGAGGCUGGAGCGAAGCAGGUGCAGGAGGGUGGGGUGCAGGUGCAGGCGGAGAAAGGAGGGGCGGAGCAGGUGGCAGCAGCUGAGAAGCAAGCAGAUGGGCAACAACAGCAGCAGACACAGGCUGCACAGCCACAAGAAGAGAAGGAACAGCAAGUGUUGCAGCAGCAGUCACAAGGGCAACCAUUGCAGCCACAGGAAAAGCAGCAAGAGGAUAAGAAGCAGGAACCUUUGGAGCAACAAGAAAAGCAGCAAGAGGAGAAAGAACAGCCAUCGUUGCAGAAACAGGAAGAACAGCAGCAAGAGGAGGAGGAGCCGAAAGAGCGAAAAGAAGAGGAGGAUGCAGGGGUGUGUGGUGUUGCACAUAUGGAUGGGGUGGAAGGGGCAGACGCACCUGAGGGGCGUGCAGGGACGGAUGGGCACGACACCCAAGUGAGUGCAGAGAAGGACGAGCAGACAGCGAUGGUGGAGACAGGGAUCGACGAUCGGGGAAAAGAAAAGGAGGAGGAGAAGGAGAAGAAGGCUGAGGUGAAGGAGGAGAAGGAGAAGAAGGCUGAGGUGAAGGAGGAGAAGGAGAAGAAGGCUGAGGUGAAGGAGGAGAAGGAGAAAGAGGAGGUGAAGGAGGAGAAGGAGAAAGAGGAGGUGAAGGAGGAGGAGAAGGAGAAAGAGGAGGUGAAGGAGGAGGAGAAGGAGAAAGAGGAGGUGAAGGAGGAGGAGAAGGAGAAAGAGGAGGUGAAGGAGGAGGAGAAGGAGAAAGAGGAGGUGAAGGAGAAGGAGAAGGACGAGAAAGGGGAGAAAGAUGAGAAGGAGGAGGAGGAGAAGGAGGACAAGGAGGAAAAGGAGGAGGAGGCGAAAGAGGAGCAGCAGGAGGGGGAGAAGGAGGAGGAAGAGCAGGCGGGGUCGGAGGCGGAUGCAGUGGUGGUGGAGAUAGCUCUCAGUGUGCCCGCGCUGCUGGCUGCCCAUGCACGCACUCGCCGGGCCUCAGCACACACGGGAGGUGGUGCUGUGCUGCAAUGGGGGGACAACGUGCAACGCUCCACCUUCACAUGCCCCAUGGCAUGGUGUCCCAAGUCCAACCUCAUUGCCUUCCCAACAGCGCCUGCACAGCCCAACAUCAAAGCCCCACCAGGAGCGCCACCUGUGUUUGUGCCGGUGGCCUUGCUGGACCCAGACCGCCCGCUGCACCACUGCAUGCUCAAGCUCCCCGCAGACAUGCCGGGGCGUGAGGUGACAGCAGUGGCGUGGUCGCCCCCCUCGUGCGACCGUGCACUCGCUGUGCUCUCUGCACCCUCGCAUGUGUCCGUGUGGGCGCAGCCUUGCACGGGAGCGGCGAACGUGGCACGGUGUGUGAACCGGUGGGAGGCACAGGCGCACUGGCACCUGGACGCGCCCGUCGCUGCCAUGCAAUGGCUCUCCGCCCCGCCUCUCUACACGUGGCCGCCGCUGCAGGCGCCAGCAUCAGUGCAGCCGGGGUCGUUCCACGACCGCUUCUUCCAGCCCCGUGCCCUCUCCCCCGCGCACUGGCCGCGCUGCUCUCUGCCGUGCAUGGCGCUCGUGCUGCAGCCCAACACACUGCUGCUGCUCUGGCGCUCCACCUCGCACCUCCCGCCUUCCUCCUCCUCCUCGCCACCCACCCACAGCGCACAGACACCACAGACACCCCACCCAGGACUCCCUUCCUCUUCCUCGCUCCCCUCUUCCGCCCCGUCCCCCUCCCCUCCCCCCGCCUCCCCCCAGCCCCUCUGGCUCUCCUCCCCCCCCGCCUCUCUCCCCCUGCCCCCUGGUGGUGUGCUCUCAGCGCAUGUCAGCAUUGCAGGCCCCGCCCACUCGCUCACCCUCGCUCUCGUCCCCAGCGCCUCACCCUCCUCCUGCCUGCUCUUCCAUAUCCACACUCCCCCUUCCCCCUCCUCCGCUCCCCUCGCCUCCCCCAUCAGCAUUUUCUCCCCCUCGCCCUUCUCGUCCCCAGCCCUAAACCCCAUCGCUGCAGCUUUGCUGAUCAGGGGGGCGCAGGCGGGGGGAUUGGGGGGGAAAGGGAUGGGGGAUGGGGGGAGGGACGGGGGAGGGGUGUGGCUGGAGGGCAGGUUGGUGGCGGAACUGGGACUUGGGGGGGAGGGGGGAAUGGCAGUUGGGGAGAGUGGUGGAGGAGGGGAGGAGAGUGGGAGAGAGAGGAGGGAGGUGUUGGCAGUGGUGGUGGAUAGCAAUGGGGGAGGUGGGAAGGAGGAAGGGGACUGUGUGGCAACGGUGAUUGUGGCAGUGGCCGUUGCCAAGCAAGUCCACGGCUCCUCACUGCAUGCGCCACCAGCAGCCGCAUCAGCACCGCCUCUCUCACACGCCGCUCCUCUGUCAGCGCCCACCAGCACUGCUCCCUCCGCGCUCUGCACGCUCUCUCUCACCGUGCAGCGCUGGCACCUGCGCCAGCAAGGCACUCCUUGCACUGCACCCACAGGGAGCACUGCUGCUGCCGCCCCCGCACCGUCAUCAUCAGCAUCACCAAUCGCUGCUGCGCUGCCUGCGGCCUUGCCUGCGGCCUCACCUGCCCUUGUUCCAGCCCCCACGCCCUCGCACGCUAUGCCUGCCAUUGCCCUCCAGCUCUCUCCCACAGGCGCUGAGCUCGCAGUGAGCUGGCACAGCGCGUUCACACCUCGGCUGCAGCAGCAGGUGGAUGGCACCAGUGCAGUGGUUGACGGGGCUCCAUGUGACGUGACUGCUGCAUCCCAUGACGUCCAUACACCCGCUGCUGUCACUGGUGCCACUGGCCAUGCACGCAUCACUGCCUCGCCUAACGACCCUCUUUCACCUCCCACCUGGCCCUCGGCGUUCCCCCCCUCCAUGCCCUCUUCCUCGCAUGUGCCCUGCUCCGCCAUCAUUCUCCUCGCCAACCCCUCCCUCCACCUGCUCUCCAUUCUGCACCCCCCACCGCAUUCCCCCCUCCCGCUCUCCACGCCGCCCCCGCUCGCCUUCUCCCCCUCGGCGUGCUGCAUCGCCACUGCUUGGACCACCCCCAUGCAGCAGCAGCAGGUUUCCGUGCGCAUAUCCCAGGUGCCCCACGUGCCCCUUGCGCCCGCUGCUGCCCCCCCUGCCACUGACACUCGUGCGCCCUCACGGCCUGUGACACCUGCUGCUGUGGGGAUGGAGGCCAGUCGCGCGGAUGGCAUGGGGGAGAAUGGGGCAGCGGACGGACAAGUGGGAGGGGAGGGUGUGGCGAAGGAGAGGAAGGCAGGGAGGGAGGGGCGAGAGGGGGUUGCAUCAUGGGAGCGACAUGUGGCUGACAGAGUGCAGUGGGCGUGGGUGAGUGGCGUGUCGUGGUGGGAUGCUGCCGCCUCUGCCACUGCAGGCGCACCGCAAUCGCCAGUGCGCAGCACGUCGCUGCUGGCCCAUCUGGACGCGGACUUCCAUGCGCUGCCCGAUGCCUCGCUGCGCCUGCACUACUUCACUGAGCUGGACCGUCUCAAGUGCCGCGUGUUGGAGGGCGUGGGGGGAGCGGACGUGCGCGCAGUGAUGCUGGACGUGCAGGCGCGCGUGCUGCUGGAGGUGCUGGGGGGCGCCAUAGAGUCGGCGCUCGUGAACCCCGCCACGCUCAUCCCCUCGCCCUGGACCGCCUCCGCUGAGACCUUCUCCCAGCUCGGCAACGAUGCCAUGUCCGUCGACCCUGCGCUCAUCCCCACCAUCCAUGCGUACGUGGAUUCGGUGUUGGACCUGGUAUCGCACUUCCUCACGCGCCUGCGCCGCUACUUCUCAUUCUUCAAGACCCUCACCGCCCACGCACACGCCUCCGCCUCCUCUGUCCCCACCCCCCCGCCUGCUGCUGCGCCACCAGCCGCCGCACCUGCCACAGCAGCCACCGCAGCUACUGCUUCUGGAUCCGCUGCUGCCGCUGCCAGUGCUGGUAGUGCCGGCGCAGCAACAUCUGCAUCAGCAGGAGCAUCAGCAGGAGCAUCAGCGGGCGCCCCAGCAGCAGGUGCCACACACCCCCCUGCAGCGGCGCCUCACCUGCCAUCGGCGUCCCCCUCGGCCUUCUCAGGGCUGCCAGCAGUGCGGUUGCUAGCGGACCCACACUUCCUGCACCGCCUGUGCCAGCUCAUGUUCUUCUGCCUUGUCUUCCGCCGCCGCAGCCCGCCCCCCUUCGCCUCUAAGGCCGGCGCCGCUGCCGGCGCUGCCGGGGGGAUGGGCGUGGGGGUGGGAGGGGGCGCGGAGGGCGCAGGGGGGGGCAUGCGGGCAGGGCUGGGGCGGUCGAUGGAGGACCGGCACGUGCGGCUGGGGCAUGGCAAUGGCGGGCUAGGGUACACCCCCGAGGAGGUGAAGGCACUGUUUGUGGUGUGCUCGGAGUUGUGCAAGAAGACAGCACCGCUGCCCGCCACCAUGCCGCCCACCCACGUGCCCUCUGCUCCAACACCUGGCACAGCGGCAGCCCCAGCAGGCAGCAGCGGUGGGGGGGCGGCGGGAGGCAGUGGAGGAGGGGGAGGCAGCAGUGGGAGUGGCAUGGUGGCGCGGCUGCAUUACCCACAGGGCUCUAUCUCCGUGCCCCCUGAGGCCAUAGAGGCCUGGCUCUCCCCCCAGAUGCAGUCGCUGCCGCGGCCACGGGGAGCGGAUGCAGCGGCGCUGCUGAUGCGCGAGCUGGAGCUGCACGCGCCCGCCGAGGACACCCUCCCCCGCCCUUCCCUGCCACCCCCCUGGGCGUCCGUGCCGCCCUGCACUCAACUGGCGGGCGGCGAGAGGGACUGGUGGGAGGACGAUGAGGACAAGGGGGGGGAGGAGGGGGGGGAGGGCAUGUGGGAGGGGGAGGGGGAGGAGGAGGGAGAAGAGGGGGAUGAGGAGGAGGAGGGGUGGAGGGGGAGGGGAGGAGAGUGGCGGGUGCAUGGGGAUAGUGCAGUGGUGCACCGCAAGAGGAGAGCGAGUCCCUCUGGGUUCAGCAGACAUGGCAAACGGAGGAGGGUGCAGGGGCGUGCGGGCGAGGGGGGUGGGGGCGAGAGGGCAGGGAGCGAGCGGGAGGAUGGGUGGAGAGAGGACAUGCAGGCGAGGAAGCGGGUGGGGAGAGAGGUAUGGGGUGCGAUGGGGAGGAGGAGAAUGGCGAGGGCUUGGAGGGUGGCGGAGGGAGCAAGGAGGUGGCGGGGCAUGAGGGGGAGAUACGUGGAGGGGGGCGCGUGGGGCAGGGAGGCGUCGCUGCUGGCAGGCGGGGCGGGGGCAGGGCGAGUGGGAGUGUGGCCGCGGAAGCGGCGGGCAGCGGAGAGGGAUGCGGCGGUGGGGCUGGCGUGCAGUGCGGGGCUGGGGGGCUUCCUGGGGCUGCAGGGGGGGCGCAGGGACGUGGUGGCCAGCACAUGGCGCUGGGGCGGCACCGCACAGUGGUACAAGGUGAGCCAUGGGUCCCUGCACCGCACACCACCGCUCUCUGCUGCUGGACCUACACCUCUCCCUCUCCUCAUCUGUCCGCAUUACUCCACCUUGCUGGCCGUCUGUUGCCAUGCAUUACUCCCUGUGUGCCUCUCCCUUGCUCCCCUCUGGCAGUGUGUGCGGUGCGGGCGGCAGACAACCACCAUGGCAGUGCCUCGGUCCGUGCAGGCACAGGCAGGAACAGCUGGGCCGGGGAGCAAUGGUGCUGGGGAGGGGGGCGGGGCAGCAGGAAUAGGCAGUGCAAGCAACAGCCUGGCUUCUGAGUGGUGGCCUGCACGCUGGUCGCAGGGCUGCCCUGUGUGCGGUGGUAUGUGGACUUGCCUUGCUUGA